AUGAACCGGCCGGAUGAACCAUUAGCGGACAGCUCGAGUCAAGAAAAAACUGUAGUCGUUGAGCGCCCCACAGCACGUGUCGCAUUACCACCUCCUGCGGUAGAUGGUGACUCCGAUGAAGAAGCUGAUGUCGAUGGUCAAGCAAAUGAUGGUGAUCUGUUGGAAGACUUUCCAGACGAGACUGACGAAUUAGAACUCGUACAUGCGCGAUUGAGCUCUUUGGCUAAUCUUCGACUCGAUCGGUUUGCAAAGCAUCUGAGGAAACUAUGUCUCAGACAAAACGCUAUAUCGCAUCUAGAUCCAGAGAUCUUUAGGCUGCUCACGCAACUCGAAGAACUUGACCUGUACGACAAUAAACUCAAGACUGUGGGAGAUGCAUUGGACAAUAUGUCUGCUCUAUCCAUUCUGGACCUUUCAUUCAACCUUCUACGACAAGUGCCUGAGGCAUUAUCGCAUCUAUGUUCCUUGAAGACUGUGUAUUUUGUUCAAAACAAGAUCUCCAAAAUCACCGGUUUGGAAUCUGUGGGAGCGACAUUAAGAAGUCUUGAACUUGGGGGAAAUAGAAUACGGCAUAUCGAAGGAUUGGAUGCGUUGGUCAACCUGGAGGAAUUGUGGCUUGGAAAAAACAAGCUCACGAAGCUUGAGAAUCUGAAUACACUGAGCAGACUGAAAAUUUUGUCGCUCCAGUCUAACAGGAUCACAAAGAUCGAGGGCCUAGAUCAAUUAGCUGAUCUGGAAGAGCUCUAUCUGAGCCACAAUGGAGUCGAGCGAUUGGAAGGUCUGGAAAACAACAAAAAGCUGAGAACGCUUGACGUUGGUGCGAACUUUGUUCCAGCGAUCGAAAACAUCUCGCAUCUGGUAUCACUAGAGGAGCUCUGGCUCAACAACAACAAGAUUCCUGAUCUGCGGGCCCUUGAACCACAGCUCACGAAUAUGGCCUCCCUUGAAACAAUUUACUUGGAAGGCAAUCCUUGUCAACAGGCUGAAGGUACAAGUUACAGACGGAAGAUAAUGCUUGCCCUUCCUCAGCUUAAGCAAAUUGAUGCCACUUUUUCAAGACCGUUAUGACCCAUUCGUCUCCGACAAUUAUUAUUGGCAAGGGGACGUUACUGAUUUCAAUCAGUAUAAAUUAUACUCAGCAAUUGGCAGGUCUGACUUUCGAAGUACCCAAGACCUUAGAAAUUAGACAAGUCCAUACGCCAUUCGUUGCCCCCGGGGCCCCAGGCCUGGUGGGAAGGAUAUUCUUCCGCCCUAAUGUUCCACGUCCUUCUAAGCUGAUUCGCAUUUUGUUCUAUAUUAUAAGUGGCCAGUUUCUAGGUCAUACUACGCAGAUUAGCACACGAACACACUUGAAAUCAACGUUAUGAUGUACCAUAUGCAUGGUCGGAUCCUCAGGCCUGCGUCAUGUACAUUUAUUACUGAUGCAGAUAAACCAGUGAAGCUGGAGU